AUUUUUUUUUAGCUGCAGCAACAAAUCCAAAAUCUUGCGGUUGUCUGUCCUGCUAGUGUCAGCAGAACUAAAGUCACCUGUAUUAUUAUUUUUAUUAAGUACAGAACCGAGCAGCAGUGUUGUUUAAAAGUAAAUGGAGGAAGAGGAGAUGGGAGAUGAAGGACCUUCGUCCAACAGUGAACUUCCACAAAGUGAAGAUCAAGAACUGGCCCAGCAGCUGCCGCCGCCUGUUGAGAGCUCAUCUCCUGUAGAAAAUGUGUUUGUGGAUAAGAAAGCAGUGGACAAACUCACUGAAGGAUUACUCUCUCACUAUCUACCUGAUCUACAGAACUCUAAACGAGCCCUCCAGGAGCUCACUCAAAAUCAGCUGGUAUUAUUAGACACACUGGACCAAGAAGUCACAAAGUUCAGAGAAUGUAACGCCUUACUGGACCUCAAUUCACUGUUUACAGAGGCAAAGAUUUACCACAAUAAACUGGUGAACAUAAGAAAAGAGAUGAUAAUGCUCCAUGAAAAGACAACUAAACUAAAGAAAAGAGCUCUGAAGCUGCAGCAGCAGAAGCAGAAGGAGGCACUGGAGAAGGAGCAGCAGCGUGAGAAGGAGCUGGAGAGAGAGAGGCAGCUCAUUGCCAAACCUGCUAAAAGAACGUAGGACCCCCAAGUACGUCUGCUGUAUCAACAGACCCUGAAGCUGUUUUUGCAUGUUUUAGCCUGUUCUCUAUUUAUUAUUAAGUCUAUGCCACAUUACAGCAGACCAUUUUCCAAAGUGUAUGCCAUUUUUUAAUGUUAAUUUAGGAUGUAUUGUUUUAUUUGAUAAAUGGAGUGAAGAAUAAAACAGACAGUAGUGGGUUGGGAAAUGAGAUGCAGUUAAAACAUGAGGCCAGGGAUGAUUUGGUCCAUGCUAAAGCAGUUUAAAGUGCCAACUAAUGUGAGAAAUUUGUGGUUUAAAUGAUAAACACAUGACUUGAAAACGGAUUGUGGUCGAGUGAAAGAAUGCCUCCUGUCUUUGCAGGUUCUUUUUUUUUUUUUUUAAAGCACAGUCAAUUUUAAAUUCAGAGCCAUUAAAAUAUUUCAGAUAAAAAGUUUUUUAGGUUGAAUGUUUUGCUGUCAAACAUUCAGUGAUUCUCUGCUGGUCUAACCUCAAGACUUAAUACCAUCUCCUUAAUAAGAAAUCGCCACCCAAAUUUCUGAAAAUUUUCAACCACUCAAAUUUAUUUAAUAAACAAUGGUGCAAUUUAUACCUGAGGUGGAAGAAAACAUGACUGAGCAACAAGGCAGCAAACAUGUUUAAAAAGUGGAUCUUUGCAGCAGCAGUGGGACGACAUGCAUGCAUUUCAUUUUCAUUUGUUCCCCUGUAUAUCUUAUAUAAGAGCUUGUGCUUUAGACUUCCAUGCACCUUUUACUUUAUGCCACAAUUAUGUUUUUUUUUUGUUUUGUUUUUUUUCCAGGGACUUAUUCACCACCCAAAUUUUGGUUCCAACCCACUAGUUGAGAAACACUCAUUUAAAUGUAGGUUCCUUGUAUUCAUGUGACUGAUGACACGCUGGGGGUCAGGGCGUGGGGACAACUAUAGGAAAUUAAUGAGAACAGGGAAAGUUAGCAAUUUAAAGCUGUAAAUGACCCUCUGUGCUACAGCUAUCAUCAGAAAAUGUCUACAUACAUUGAGUAUGAUCCUUACACUUUAUACAAAAAAGUGAUUCUUACCAAAGUUUAACAGUUUUACCUGAC